AACCUCCGCUACGAUUCGGGCCCCGGCUGCUGCUCGGUCCCCCUCUUUCGCCCCUACGUCGCCAGGGUCCCGUGGCACGGCGGCGUCAGGGCUUUCUUGUCCCAGCUCUUCCCUCGAUACGGCCAUUACUGUGGGCCCAACUGGUCGAGCGGCAAGGAUGGAGGGUCGAUGCUCUGGGAUCGGAGGCCCAUUGAUUGGCUGGACUUCUGCUGCUAUUGUCAUGAUAUUGGGUAUGAUACCCACGACCAGGCUAAGCUUUUGAAGGCCGAUCUUGCGUUUCUUGAGUGCUUGGAGCGGCCUAAGCUGGCUACCAAGGGCGGCGCUCAUCUCGCGUUCUUGUAUAGAUCCAUGUGCAUUACUGGAUUGAGGCAUGUGCUUAUACCAUAUAGGAUGCAUCUGGUAAGGAUGCAAUCUGCGCCGUCGUUUGUGGAUUUGCUGAGCAGUUUGGUCGCCUCUGGGAGAGGUAAUGCAUUUAGGCAUAAUUCGAGUUGAUAUUGUAUAUGGUAUUGUGGCAAAUGUUUGUGAAUACGUAUCCUGUUGGUUAAUUUAGUCAAAUAGAUUUCAUGUUGUGCAGCAAUGAAGAACGGUUUUAUGUAGAGUUUCUCGACUGACUAAUGUAUUUUACUUGGGUAUAUAGUAACAUAUUUAGUCUUUAAUGUAUGAAAAUAUUCUUUAGGGCAUUGAAUGACAUGAAGUUUAAUGCGA